GCGGAAAGAGCUGAGCUGUGAAUCGCUUGUAGAAGAAGUGCGUCGUGGACUAGUCGUUUAUCACGUGAUUGCACGUGAAUCUACUGCUGAGCAAGAAUGAUGUCGAAUAGUGAUCGGGGUUUAGGUUUUAAACAAGCCUCAAGAGAACAUGUUUUGGCAGUUACUAGGAAUUUUGUAUCACAGCCGCGAAUCACAUAUAAAACUGUGUCUGGUGUAAAUGGGCCAUUGGUAAUUUUGGAUGAAGUAAAAUUCCCCAAAUAUGCUGAGAUCGUGCAGCUUCAUCUUAAUGAUGGAACUAUUCGAUCAGGGCAAGUUCUGGAAGUCAGUGGGUCAAAAGCAGUAGUUCAGGUCUUUGAGGGCACAUCCGGCAUAGAUGCGAAAAACACAUUAUGUGAGUUUACAGGAGACAUCUUGAGAACUCCCGUGUCGGAAGACAUGUUGGGCCGAGUGUUUAAUGGAAGUGGUAAACCUAUUGAUAAGGGACCACCAAUUUUAGCAGAAGCCUAUUUGGAUAUUCAAGGACAGCCAAUCAACCCAUGGUCUCGUAUUUAUCCUGAAGAAAUGAUUCAGACAGGAAUUUCUGCUAUUGAUGUGAUGAACUCCAUUGCCAGAGGUCAGAAGAUUCCGAUCUUUUCAGCUGCUGGUUUGCCACAUAAUGAGAUUGCAGCUCAGAUUUGUCGUCAAGCCGGUCUUGUGAAGCUGCCUGGCAAAUCAGUGCUGGAUGACCAUGAGGAUAACUUUGCCAUUGUAUUUGCUGCUAUGGGAGUCAAUAUGGAGACUGCCAGGUUUUUCAAACAAGACUUUGAGGAAAAUGGCUCCAUGGAGAAUGUGUGCUUGUUUUUGAAUUUGGCCAAUGAUCCCACUAUUGAACGAAUCAUCACUCCUCGUUUGGCCCUGACAGCUGCAGAGUUCUUGGCAUACCAGUGUGAGAAACAUGUGUUGGUCAUUCUCACAGACAUGAGCUCCUAUGCCGAGGCUUUGCGUGAGGUUUCAGCCGCCAGGGAGGAAGUUCCAGGUCGACGUGGUUUCCCUGGAUACAUGUACACAGAUUUGGCCACCAUCUAUGAACGUGCUGGACGUGUAGAAGGACGUAAUGGAUCCAUCACACAGAUCCCCAUUCUUACCAUGCCUAAUGAUGAUAUUACUCAUCCCAUCCCUGAUCUGACGGGUUACAUCACAGAGGGGCAAAUCUAUGUCGACCGUCAGCUUCACAACAGGCAGAUUUACCCACCAGUAAAUGUAUUGCCUUCUCUCAGUCGUUUGAUGAAGUCUGCUAUUGGUGAAAACAUGACACGUAAAGAUCAUGCUGAUGUGUCUAACCAACUGUACGCGUGUUAUGCUAUUGGGAAGGAUGUGCAGGCCAUGAAGGCCGUAGUAGGAGAAGAAGCCCUCACGCCUGAUGACUUGUUGUACCUCGAGUUCCUCGCCAAGUUUGAGAAAAAUUUCAUUUCUCAAGGUAACUACGAAAAUCGCACAGUGUUCGAGUCGUUGGACAUUGGUUGGCAGCUGCUUCGAAUCUUCCCCAAGGAAAUGUUGAAACGAAUCCCGGCAGCCACACUGGCAGAAUUCUACCCGAGGGACUCCAGACAUACUGCCGCAAAGUAGACGUUGUAUGGGUAUAGUCCAUCUCUGUAACUUAGCUACAGACAGCAGCACCUGUCACAUCAGGUUCUUAGCUUUGGAUCCGUGGUAUUCAAAAAUUCUAUAUUAUGUUUCUCUUAAAUUGGGUACAUAUUUGAUCAGAUGUACACAGAGCAUAAUAACUAUGAUUUUUAUACCCAAGUUUGAAUUGGAUAUACGUUAAAACCAUGUGUAAAUAUUUGAUUUAAAAAUUGAUAUUAUAUAGAAUUCAACAUUCUUCAUGCCGCGAUGAAUUCUCCGGUGUACGUAACUUCUUGAGUAUGAUUCUUGCUCCCUUUGUUUAUCUUAAGUUGUUUUACAGAUUAGGAUAUAUACAUAAAAAGACAGAAAGCUUUUCUUAAACUCAAAAAUUAAUUUGCCAAUUAGAUUUACAGAUUAUGACAGAAUAGAUGGAUGCAGUAUUAUCAGGGAAUGCGGAUAAUACGUACAUUAAACUUUUUAUUGUCUUAUUUAAAAGUGAACGGUGAAAAACGCAUGUCCCAACCGGUUGACCAAAGACAAUUAAUUUUGAGUUAUGUUGUCAUUGUGACUGGAGAAGUAAACUUUCUGCUUAAUUUUGUUUAUACCCUUUUAUCUGUCACGCUUAACAUUAACGAUCCGUUGUAGCUGGUAGGAAAUGUUUCCUCUGUUUAAAUUUGUCUACAGCGUGGUGGUAGGAAUAAUAAUUCUACUUCAGUCAGUACUGUGAACUUUACGUUUAAAUACGCUGUUUCCUGUUGUAAAUGGGGAAUGUAAUUCUGCUUUCUUUGAAAGGGUAUUAGAGAAUUAAUUGGUUCUACUUUGUAAUUGUGGUAGCGUGGAUGAGAAUAAUCAGUCUGUUCUUUAUAAAUGAAUUUAAUAUUUGCAGGAUUGUGCUCAAGGUGGUGGAACUCGGAGUUAAAUUAAAUCUGUUUACAAUACUCAUGUUUAAGUACAGUAUUUUGGAGAAAGUAUGACAAAAAUAACUUUAGCUACUCUUAACAUCAAUUUCACUUUGUUAUGGAGUAUAAAUUGUACGUUAGUCGUUACGUAUCCAGUUUGAGACGACUCGUUUUCAGUUUGGGUGUUCAGAUUCAUGGCUGUGUGCUGUCUCCUUCAGACAAUAUCGUGAAGUUCAUGUCAUCACAAGACGUACAGUAAUUAACAUUCCACUAAUUCAUUCAUUCAAGUAGAAAGAUAAAAUUAGUAGAAUUUUCCUUCGUGCUGUCUAUACUACAAAGAUUUGAAUUUGUGUACAUUUUGUGUGUAAAUCAUUUUUGAAAUGUUAUUUUCACAUAAGUUUACGUAUUAAUUGGGGGUUGAAGUACCGUAAAAAGUUCAUUUCCAUAGGUGGUUUGUACAGUUAUUUUAUGUGCCUGCAGAUGUCAGCGUCUGAGGUCACGUGAGACGUACUGUGGUUUGAUCGUACCUAAACAGUAUUCUCUUAGUUUCGGUGAGUGGUCGUCUGUAGACGUGGUGUAAUUAUAGUAGAAUAGAAGUUGAACAUAUAAGAGGAUUGUUAGCUGAUAAAAAUAGAAGUAUAUAUAAUGUGUAUGAUGUUGAAAUUGUUUUUGUGGUAAAAUACUUGCCACUACCAUGUCUCUUGAAAGAGUGGCAAUAGCAAAGAUAACUGGAAUAAAAUGUUUUAAUGCCUCUUUGCCAACGCAUAGACCCCCAAGACA